UAGCGCACAUAACACACCAGUAUUGUCAUUAGUCUAACAACAACCAUAUAUAUACUCGAAAGAGAGAUGAAAGAAUACGCCGGAAUGAUGGCUGCACAGGUGGCACAGGUGUUACUGAUGAUAGUUAGGAAGUCGGCCAUUGCUGAUGGCAUGCCAAACUACUCUUUCAUCUUCUACUCAAACGCACUUGCUUCACUUAUCCUUCUCCCCCUUUCUCUCAUCUCUCACAGAUCAUCAGUCAGUCUUCCUCCACUUAACUUCAGGGUGAUAUGUGGAAUUCUCAUGCUUGGCCUUCUAGGUUUUAUGUCACAGAUAUUUGGUUAUUAUGGAACCUCAUUUACCUCAGCUGCUCUUGCAACUACAUUGCUCAACCUCAUCCCUGGUUUUACCUUACUACUUGCAAUCCUCUAUGGAUUGGAAACAGUCAACAGUGGCCGAACCACCACCCAUGCGAAAUUCAUUGGCACUGGAUUAUCAAUUGCAGGGGCUCUCAUUGUAACUAGUUACAAGGGCCCUCUUCUUUGGGUAUUCAGUUCAACCUGGGUACUUGGAGGAAUCCUUCUAGCCAUUGACUCCGUCUUAUGUUCUCUGUAUCUCAUUACACAGGCAUUUGUCAUUGAGAAAUACCCUGCUGUGAUGAUAAUAACGUUCGCUUACUGCUUUGUAUGCACCAUAUUAUCCGCUCUAACUUCUUUGAUUGUUGGAGAUGACCUUAGUAGUUUUAGUUUACAGCCAAAUAUAAGGUUGUACUGUAUCCUCUACUUGGGUAUUUUUGGGUCUGCUUUCCAAGUUACGAUGAUGGCAUGGUGUCUGCAAAGGAAAGGACCAGUUUUUGUUGCGAUGUUUUAUCCAGUGGGAAUUGUGAUCUCAACUUUCAUUGGUAUCAUCUUUUUAGGCGACGGUUUCUAUUUUCAUAGUUUGUUAGGAUCAAUCGUCGUUGCAAUUGGGUUUUACGCUGUGAUGUGGGGAAAAGCCAACGAUGAUGAUAAGAUUUUGAUGGUAUCAAAGAUAGCCGAUGAAGAGGCCCCUCUUUUACAUGAUGCUGUUUGAGGAGCAGAUCACCAUGGAACUCAAUCCCUGAUUAUGAUUUAACCAAAGUUGAAUUUUUGUGGAAGGAACAGAAACCCCAUCCUUCCAAAAUGGUGGAUAACUUACUAUUUAUUUAUAUAUAUCUAUUAAUUGUUAAAUAUGACGACUUUAUGUAUAAAUUAGACUGUUAGAUGAUACUCUACAUGAUAGUUGUAUACUUGUAUGUAUAAUUGUGUGUUUUUAGUCAAUAUAUUGUAACUGGUUCAACUGUACCAACCAGUUCAACUAAAAAACCGGUUUUAAAACAUUGAUUUUCUUAUUGAGGUCAUAUAUUCGACACUGGUUAUUUUUUGUUG